GGUCUGUUCUACAAAACAUAACUGCUGAAUCUGCUGUGAUUUUACUGAACAAAAAAAAACAGUAGGACUUCAAACGAUGACCAGCUGAUCUGAUUCAAGAAAUGCAAGAAUGGCAGCAAAUCUUGGAAAAGGACUUUCAAAAGAUAUCAGAAGCAUAUCACACACUAUUCUAUGGAUGUUCAUCUUCAUUAUCCAGAUUGAUGCAUUUUCUUUACAGAACUGUACUGUAAAAGGUGCUUUAAAUGACACGCACCAGUUAAACGUUCUGUGCUACAAAAUGGGCUUCUUUAAGGUUCCUUCACCAAUACCCAGCAAAGCCAGAUAUUUAGUAAUUUCCUAUAACUUCAUUUCAAAGAUCAAUGUUGGCGACUUUGAGGACCUUUGGAACCUGAGAAAUCUGAACUUAUCAAAUAACCACAUCUCAUGGAUACAACAGGGUACCUCUGAUCAUUUUCCCAAUUUGUCUGAUCUGAAUCUUUCCCACAACAAGCUGGAAAGAGUGUCCGCAGAUCUACUGCGUGGGCUAACUAAGUUGCAAGUGCUUCGUCUUGACUGGAAUGUAAUUGAGUACAUCGACCAACAUGCCUUCAAUACUCUUUCCAGUUUAAAAGUACUGAACAUCUCAAAAAAUAAGUUCGGACAAAUUGACAGAAUCAAGCCUGUGUUUGCGUCACCACAUAUGGAGGAACUGUACAUCGGAAGCAACAGCUUUGAUGUGUUUAACUCCUAUGACCUGUCAAGAUCACCUUUGGCUCUAAAAAUAAUGGAUUUGUCUAACAAUACUUUUACCACGUUCCAAAUAACGGACAACAUUUUCCCAGUUCUAGACCACCUUGAUCUCUCACAGUGUGGUCAAAAUAAACCCAUGCUGUGGAACAUCACUGAUAAGACAGUUCUGAAUUCAGUGAGAACACUUUACUUGAGUGGGGUCAAAUUUCCAGUAGAGAGUAUAGAUGCAUUACUUCAGAACUUGACUUGGGCCUCACUGCAUAAGCUAAGAAUGAGUGACAACAAGAAGGUGAAAGUGAGGCUUCUUCUACAGGCUGCAUGCUCCUCUCAACUUAACGUGCUACGUUUAAAAAGGAACAACAUCUUAGCACUGACUGAGCAUAUGUUCAAAACCUGCUUCAACCUGACAGAGCUAGACCUGUCCGAUAAUAAAAUAUCACAUAUUUCUGCACCAGUAUUCAGUGGAUUAACACAGCUGAAGACACUGCAUCUCCAACUCAAUGACCUGACCCAGGUCUCACAUGGUUUUGAAAUGCUCCCAACACUUGAAUUUCUGGACCUCAGCAGAAACAGAAUUAAGAAGCUAAGCUGUUCUGACUUUGCUAAUUUAACACAAUUGACCCACCUCUACUUGUAUUCGAACAAAAUUUCCAAACUUGAAUCAUGCCUGUUUAAAGAUCUAAAAAAUCUUCAAAUCCUGAAAAUGGGCACUAAUAAGUUAUUGGAAAUUGGCAAUGCGUUCGAAUGUGGUCCUAAUUCCUUAAAGGAGUUACAGCUGACAUACAACAGUUUAAGUGUACUCACAAAUGGAACGUUUAAGAGUUUGCCUAAUCUUAAAACUUUGAUAAUUUCUGACAACCCGAUUUUCGCGAUUGAAGCAAACACUUUUACGGGCCUUAAAAACCUAGUGUACCUGUCGCUUUCUUCUAACAGACUGAAAGAAAAAGCUAUAGAAGACCCAGCUGUGUUUUCAGGCAUGCCCAAACUGAGACAACUGGAACUAUUCAGCAAUGACAUUUCAUACAAGGAUGACACUCUGAAGACACCUCCUUUUGUAUAUUUAAAGUCACUGAAAAUACUGACUAUUCAUAGCCAACGAAAAGGUAUUGGUAAAAUUCCUUCAAACCUGCUUCAAGGCUUAACCUCCUUGGAAAUGUUCUACGGUGGAAACGUGAAUCUUGAUCAUCUGCAUCCAGAUACAUUCAACUCCACCCCUAAACUUUUUUUUUUGGAUCUUUCGAAGAACACAUUCCUAGUUGAGCAGUCCAUCUCUGCAGAGGUUUUUCGCCCAAUACCGAGGUUGACAAAGCUCAUCCUGUCCAGAACUCAGCUUCAUUCCCUCAAUUUCCUGUUAAACGCAAAUCUCUCAAGACUGUCAGUGUUAAAAGCCCCUGCAAACACACUGGACGUAAUCAACGAUACACUGAUUCAGUCGCUCCCUCGACUGAAGUACCUUGACUUAGAGAAUAAUACUUUCACUUGUGACUGUAGCAAUGCUUUUUUCAUUGACUGGGCGAUGAAUAAUAACUAUACCCAGGUUAUCUAUUUGAGCAAAUAUGCUUGCAGCUACCCACCUUCACUGAGAGGCAAAAGCCUCACAGACCUCAAUACAGAAUCUUGUAAUGUGAAUGUGGACUUCAUCUGCUUCGUCUGCAGCUCUGUCGUGGUCAUCUUCACCCUUUUGGUGUCUUUUAUUUAUCACUUCCUUCACUGGCAAGUGGUCUAUGCAUAUUACUUAUUUCUUGCCUUCCUAUAUGACAGCAAGAAGAAACAGACACAGCAGCAACUCAGGUUCCAGUACGACGCAUUCAUUUCCUACAAUGCCCAGGAUGAACCUUGGGUUGUGGAGGAGCUGGUGCCCAAUUUGGAGGAUAAGCAGGGCUGGAGACUGUGUCUACAUCACAGGGACUUUGAGCCAGGAAGGCCCAUCCUGGACAACAUCAUGGACGGUAUAUACAGCAGCCGUAAGACCAUUUGUGUAAUCACUCACAAUUACUUGAGGAGCAACUGGUGUUCCAAAGAAAUCCAGACGGCCAACUUCAGAUUGUUUGAUGAGCAGAAGGAUGUGUUGAUCCUAGUCUUCCUAGAGGACAUCCCUACGCAGCAGCUGUCUCCUUACCAUCAAAUGCGUAAGCUGGUGAAAAAGAAGACCUACCUCAAAUGGCCCAAACCUGGAGAAGAUACCAAAGUCUUCUGGCAGAAACUAAGGCUAGCUUUAGAGACAAAGGAAGACCUGGAUGAGAACGCUCUUCUUUCUGGACAAGAAGAGUGAAAUCUCACAUCACUUCUUCAAUGACGUGAAGGGAGAACAGAGAGAGAGGAGGUAAAAGAAACAGGAACUGUAUCAGCAGCUUCUAAACUGACAGACAUCAGAGAAUCUAAAGAGGGUACAAGAUAGAGACAUUCUUCAGGUUUGUGUCGAACAGCAGGCCUUCGUUCUUUCUGCCUCUACUCUGACCCCUAUUGUUCACCUCCCAGCAUGACUCCCUCCACCUACAUACGAGCCUACAAUGACUUCCUGCUCUGUGCUGCUGAUUACAGUACAAUUUAAGAGAAGAGUGCCACAACUGCUUGGACAGAUGUUGACGUUCUCUGCUAAGAACCAAGAGUCAAUAGAACAGUUGGAUUGUUUUUUUUCUUUAGUAUUUUUGGGGAAAUGCUCAGUCUUAUUUUACAAAGGGACCACUGAUAACCAUAAAGAGUUUAUAUUAUUCUAUUAUCCAUGUGUACUAUUGCAUCUUGUUGUACUGUCUGAUUUCAGAAACUAUUGUAUUUCAUAAGCAACGACCUGUAGUUACACGGAGAGUCACUUUACACUAUAAUGACAGUGUGUGUGUGUUCUGAAUCUUUGUGCAGUUUUACACCUAUAGUUCAUUUAAUCUGGUCCAAAUCUUGGUUUGGUUUGUUUUCAUGCAUCACAACAAACCAUGUGAGAGCAAGAAAGUAAAUACACAAAGAAGGACCUGUGUUCUGGACUAUUCAUGGCUGUGUCUGAACAACAGGAAAUGCUGACUUGAUGCCUUGCUGCCCACACUUGCUGAUCUCACUUAGAAGGCAGUGUAGUGGUGAAGGUCUCUUUAUCUGAAUGAUAUGCCAAAGUAUAGACAGCUCACCACUAGAUACGAGAGUUUAGCUGUGUUUUCUUUAGCUAGUAGCAUUUGAACUCAAUUAAAAAUAUAGAAUGAUAGAUUACUAAACUUGGAUUCAGACAUGAGUGGGUACCUUCCUGCCUUAAAGUCUGGCCUAAGUAGGCAGCAUUUUGAGCGUUUCAGACAUUGGGCAUAUUUCUGUGCAGUUUAACAUGGAGAAAGGAGGGUAAUAAUUCAUAGCUGUAGUAAUAAAUAAUCUGGGUAAUAUGUCCGGUUAAGGAUCUGUUGGCUCAAAUUUGUAGUGUACAUACUUUCUCACUACUCUAGGAUUUGUUUGGUACCCGACCUAGACCAUCUCCUAUCAAGGAGGGCCAAGGGUGCAUCUGUUGGCCCAUAUCAGUGUAUACAGUAUUAAUGCUCGACCAAUCAAAUGACAGAAAAGGUUAAAUAGUUAAGUGGUUUUUAACCUAGGUCUUUUCUAUUUAUACUUAUCUGACAAACCCACAUUGAUUAAAACUUACAGUUUUCACAUUUUUUUUCCUAUUCACAAUUAAUACUAACACUAGCAUUAAUAAAGUAAUAGUGUGUUAACAGGCAAAAACACAUCUAUAAAUAGCAUAAAAUAAUUGAUCAAUUGUUUACUGUUCAUUGUGUAUUUAAUGAACAGCACUAUACAUAAGUAAUAAAAUAAUAUUACUGUUUUAUAUAAAGCUCUGGAAAAAAAUAAUACUACUUAAAAAUUAUGAGUUUCUUUGAUUUUACCAAAUUGAAAUCCUCUGGAAUAUAAUCAAGAGGAAGAUGGAUGAUCACAAGCCAUUAAAACCAAGCUGAACUACCUGCAUUUUUGCACAAGAAGUGGCAUAAAGUUAUCUAAAAGUAGUGUGUAAGACUGGUGGAGGAGAACAUGCCAAGAUGCAUGAAAAAAACAGGGUUAUUCCACCAAAUACUGAUUUCUCUGCAUUAUUUUCUCUGCAGUAUCUUUUUUGUUAUUUCAGACAUUUCUAGUUUUCUUCAAAUAAAUGCUUAAAAUGACAAUAUUUUUGUUUGGAAUUUGGGAGAAAUGUUGUUUGUAGUUUAUAGAAUACAAUAUAAAUGUUCAUUUUACUCAAACAUAUACCUAUAAAUAGCAAAAUCAGAAAAACUGAUUCAGAAACUGAAGUGGUCUCUUAAUUUUUUCAAAAGCUGUAAAAACAAACCGGUGUUAUAAUCAUAUAUGACCCCUCAAGGAGCCAGGUGAACUCUGUUUAUCCACAGAAACUCAAACGUCAUCUUUGGCUGCUUAUUAGUGAUCUAGUUAGUAUACAAAAGCGAGAGUUUGUGGUCACUAAAGUUUACAUUUUCCUCCAGGUUUCAGUCAGUAGCUCUGGCUGCCUCCCCUCGGGAAAAUCCACACUUUAAUCACAUUCUAGAACAGUCACAUGAUAAAAGGAGAAGGAUAAUGAAUUCACUGGUUCACUUCCUCAUUGUGGCCGCUCAAACGAUUUUACACGCCCUUUGACUACAAGGCCAAGACAGAGGAAACGGACCUAAUGGGGUCAAUCAGGAAAAAAAACAUACUCCCCAUCCUGUUCACACUCCUCCUUACUGUGACUUCUCUCCAAAACCCACUAC